AUGGAUUGUCGUCGACCAAGAAGCGACCUAGCAGGAUAUCCCCUCCUCAGCUCAUCGAGGUGUGCAAGAAGGACACGCAAAAAAUCACAAGACAGCCACCACCCCGACUCGAACAAACGCCCACCCUCGCAAAAAAACAACCCAUCGCAGGCUGGACAAGUCCGACGGCACUCCCGCAAACCUUGGUUAGAAGGGUUUUGGCCAAAGUCCACUGUCCACAGGACUAACGCCCCGGAACAACAGCCAGUGACCUGGAUUGAUGGAAGAACGUGGAGUUUUGGGGGUUAUAUACGGCAAGCGUAUGGUGGAGUAGCAGGGAGGGGAGGCGCUUUCACCUCGAGUGCGGGCCCCGGUUCUGACUGUUGGGGAUCGCCUACCUGCUCUUUCACUCUUGGUUCAAGACGUAAUGCGAAACCGUUUGCCUGGCAAUCCAACUUGCUCAGCGACACCGUCUGCGCGAAAGAUCCACCUGCGAGUGCACUGUUGGAGCCUGCUCGUUGGACCGGUCCACAUAUUUCACACAGCACGGCACUUCCAGCAGAGCAGAUCCGACAUAUCCAACCUUGCCUGCGAGCCUACGAACUCAUCGACUCACUCGCCCCAACAAUUCAACCGGCCACAUACUCAACUUCAAAGAUGCCGCCAACAGCCACCACCAACAAAAACAAGACCAACAACUCCCGCCACCACCUCCCCCUAACCAGCAUCCUCUUCCCCAUCUCCCCACCAUCACACACCCCAAACACCCCCCCCUCAUCCUCACGAUCAACCCCGACUCUAACAGCCCUCCCCCGCCUCCCACCGCAAUCUCAACCGCAACCGCAACCCUCCCAAUCACCCUGGCACCGCCUCAUCGCACGGAUAAAAUCACCCUUCCGCCGGCGCCGCAGCGCAAACACACUAAGGAAACGCGUGUCGAAGCUCAACAUCAGCGCGCCGACGGGGUUUCGGCAUUUGGCGACGGGGGGUGUGCAGGGGAGGAGGAGGAGUGAUACUGGUUUGUGGCGGGAUGGGGAGGGAGAGGGGGAUGGAGAGGGGGAUGAGAGUGAGUGGGAGGAUGUUGCUGAGACGGCGGGUUUCACACGGGCAGCGUGA